AUGUUAACUGGUGUGACCCGGAUGUUAGCCGAGUGGACACGCCGCCGCUACUGUUGCGUGAAGUCUGACCGACGCGUGAGAUAUCUGGAUGGUUUUCCGCGGCGAGCUGACGCGCAGGAAAACGCAGAGAAAACGCGGAUGAGACAAGUUGAUUAAUUAAGAUGAGCGAGAUCUGCCGUCCGGCAGCAGAGAGGAGAGAAGCGUCUUUGGAGGGCAGCUAACCCACUGAUGGCCUGCCAGUCGGUCUGUGCAGUCAUGGACGAGCAGGCCCUGCUGGGGCUCGACCCCAACGCCGACGCCCGCUACAGGCACAGGGCCAUGGCUUACUUUGAGCAGCUGAAGGAGUCUCAGGACGCGUGGGAGGUCUGCGCCGACGUCCUCGCCAACGGGCUCUACAGCGACGACCACGUCAAGUUCUUCUGCUUCCAAGUCCUGGAGCACCAGAUCAAGUUCAGACACGCUGGUCUGAGGUCAGUUCAGCAGCAGCUGAUCAGAGAGACUCUGAUGAAGUGGCUCCAGUCGCAGCUGAUGAGCCCUCAGCCUGAGAAGCCCUUCAUCAGGAACAAGGCGGCCCAGGUCUUCGCCCUCACCUUCGUCAUGGAGUACCUGACUCUGUGGCCCAAGUUCUUCUUCGACGUCCUGUCCCUGGUGGGCCUGAACCCCCACGGCGUGGACGUCUACCUGAGGACCCUCAUGGCCAUCGACGCCGAGGUGGUGGACAGAGACAUCCUCCACCUACCUGACGAGACGCGUAGAAACACGUUGAUCAAAGACCACAUGAGGGAGCAGUGCAUCCCCCACCUGGUGGAGUCCUGGUUUCAGAUCCUGCAGACGUACCAGCACUCCCACCCGGAGCUCACCUGCCAGUGUCUGGAGGUGGUGGGGGCCUUCGUGUCCUGGAUCGACCUGAACCUCAUCGCCAACGACCGCUUCGUCAACCUGCUGCUGAGUCACAUGUCGGUGGCGGAGCUGCGAGAGGAGGCCUGCGACUGCCUGUUUGAAAUAGUCAACAAGGGGAUGGACCCCGUGGACAAAACCAAGCUGGUGGAGUCUCUGUGUGGAGUCCUGCAGUCGGCGGGCUUCUUCAACGUGGACCAGGAGGAGGACGUGGACUUCCUGGCCAAGUUCUCCCGGCUGGUGAACGGGAUGGGCCAGAGUCUGGUGCUCAGCUGGACCAAACUGUCCAAGACCGGCAACGUGAAGGACGCGGCGGAGACGCUGCAGGCGCUGGAGACCAAAGUGCCGCUGCUGCUGCGACUGCUGGUGCACGAGGACGACGACAUCUCGGCCAACAUCGUGGGCUUCUGCUACGAGUACCUGCACGUCCUCAAGCAGCUCCCCCAGCUGACGGACCAGCAGCAGACAAACAUGGAGGCCGUCCUGCUGGCUGUCAUCAAGAAACUGACGUACGACGACGAGUACAACUUUGAGAACGAGGGAGAAGACGAGGCCAUGUUCGUGGAGUACAGGAAGCAGCUGAAGAUGCUGUUGGACCGACUGGCUCAGGUCUCUCCUGAGCUGCUGCUGAAGGCCGUACGGCGAGUCUUCAACGGCACCAUGCAGACCUGGCAGACGGCGCCCUUCAUGGAGGUGGAGGUGGCCGUGCGGCUGCUCUACAUGCUCGGCGAGGCUCUGCCGGCGUCUCAUGGCGCCCAUUUCACCGGAGACACGGCCAAGACCAGCGCCCUGCAGGACAUGAUGAGGACGCUGGUGUCGUGCGGCGUGAGCAGCUACCGGCACAGCUCCGUGUCGCUGGAGUUCUUUGAGACCGUCGUCAGAUACGACAAGUUCUUCCUGGUGGAGCCUGAACACAUCCCCAACGUGCUGAUGGCGUUUCUGGACCAAAGAGGACUGAGACACAGCAGCCCAAAGGUCCGCAGCAGAGUGGCCUACCUCUUCUCCCGAUUCAUCAAGACGCUGCAUAAACACAUGACCGCCUUCGUCGAGGACAUCCUGACCCGGAUCCAGGACCUGCUGGAACUGGCUCCUCCUGAGAACGGCCUCCUGGCGCUGCUGACCAGCGACGACCAGCUGUUCAUGUUUGAGACGGCGGGCGUGCUGAUCGUGAACGCGGAGUGUCCGGCGGACAGGAAGCAGGCGCUGAUGAGGAGCCUGCUGCUGCCGCUGAUGGACGCCUUCCGCUUGGUGCUCGCCAAGUUGCCGCGGGAGACGGACGACGAGCGGCGAGCCGCGCUCGUUGACUGCCUGAGCCACGCCGUCGGGUUCGCCAGCCGGACCAGCAAGGCCUUCAGCAACAAGCAGACGGUGAAGCAGUGCGGCUGCACCGAGGUGUACCGGGACUGCCUCCACGCCUUCCUGCCGGCGCUCAGCUGCCCCGUGCGGCGGGGGUCGCUGCGCAGCUCUGUGCGCUCCUUCCUGCACCGCAUGAUCAUCUGCAUGGAGGAGGAGGUGCUGCCCUUCAUCCCCAGCGCCUCGGAGCACAUGCUGAAGGACUGCGAGGCCAAAGACCUGCAGGAGUUCAUCCCGCUCAUCAGCCAGAUCACCGCCAAGUUCAAGCAGCAGGUGUCUCCCUUCCUGCAGCAGGUCUUCAUGCCGCUGGUGCUCGCCAUCUUUGGCGUGCUGGCGCGGCCGGCGGAGGACAACGACCAGGCGGCGGCGCUGGAGAAGCAGAUGCUGAGGAGGAGCUACUUCACCUUCAUCCAGACGGUGGCCGGGAGCGGCAUGAACGAGGUGAUGGCCAACCAGGGAGCGGAGAACAUUGAGCGCGUCGUCUUCACCAUCAUCCAGGGCGCCGUGGACUUCCCCGACCCCAUCGCCCAGAAGACGUGCUUCGUGGUCUUGUCCCGGCUGGUGGAGCUGUGGGGGGGAAAAGACGGCAUGCCGGGGUUCCCCGACUUUGUCUACAAGCAUGUUGUUCCCGCCUGUUUUCUGGCUCCCCUCAAGCCGACCUUUGACCUCUCAGACGCGCAGACCGUCCUGACGCUGUCGGAGUGCGCGCUCACGCUGAAGAUGAUUCAUCUCAAGAGGGGGCCGGAGUUCAUCCACUUCCUGCAGCAGGAAUAUUUACCUUCACUCCAGGUGUCGCCGGAAAUCUCUCAGGAGUUCUGUCAAGUCCUUCAGCAGCCGGACGUCAAAGUGCUGAAGAGCUACAUGAAGGCGUUCUUCCAGCGAGCCCGGCUGUAGGAGACGGCGAGUGGAGGACUCGUGCUACAGGAAGUGACACGAACACCACAGGGAACGCUUCAGCACCGAAGUGGAGCUGAAGGACUGAAGGACGUCCUCUGGAGGUCACACGUGGAGUCAGAUUGGUGUGAAGCAUUCUGGGAAAAGCCUGAAACGAAGCUUUUCUCCAGUAAAACCAUCACUUUUCACCACGUUGGACUUUUCUUUGGAGGGAAAAAAAAGGGCUGAACUUUAUUUGAUUCAAAAUGUUGAGGAUUUAGUUUGAAGUGAAACGGCUUCUCCUUCCUGCGUAUUAUUUCACAAGCGGACGUUUGUUUCCUCUGAAAACGUCUAAUAUCGUAACUUGAGAUGGAAAGGAAAACACAACAUGUUACGUGUAAAUACGGUUCUGAGGGUUUUCUAAUCUUCAUUCCCAUCUGGAAGAUCAAUACUGCCGCAAAAUGAUUAUUAAAUAACCGUAAAGUUCUUGCUGCCGGAUUAGAAUUAAUAUCUCUACAUUUUGACUUCCAAGUGUCUUCAUUUCAACUGGUGAUUGAUUUUGUUUUUCUUGAUGUUUCACUAAUUGUGGAGCUUCCAUUUAAACACAAUGAUUUUUUGUGCAUAAGCGGCUUGAUUUUAAUUUUCCAUUCAAGAAGUCGUGACGUUUAUGGUCGAUGUCAUCGAUUCUGUGGGCGGAGCCUGAAGGAGAACCAACGGGUCUCGCGUAUAAAAAGGAUUGACAUGUAGAAUAUCACUAAAGUACUUUAAAUAUAGUAAGAGCUUUGGUUCUUGCUAAUGUGUUAGCUUAGCAUAAAGACUGGGAGCGGGGGGAGUGCUAGCCAAGAGCAAAAGGUCGAUAACUUCAGGUUACGUUGCUUCGGAGAGCAGAAUAAACGUCUCGUGGAUCCUAAAUGUCGUACCGUGUUUUCAGUUACGGACUCGAGGCGGUCAGAGUUCUGUUCAUGUUUUAUUUUAUUUAUCCCUCAAACACGUGAGGUUUUGUGUUCCAGUAUUAAAGAACAAAGAACGGUUCUGCAUCAGGUUUUAUUCAAUAAGUCUUCAGAACUGAAGCUUGAACGUCCACCUGCAGCAAAGACAAACCUUCUGUACCAUUAAAGUCUUUAAUCAUGAA